AUGUCCGACGCGGGCGUACCCCGCAUGUUCUCCGAAACGACUAACAACACCAACACAAAUACCACACAACCAAACACAGGCACAGACCCAAAUUCCACAGCCAAACCCCCACAAACAAAUACCCAGCCCUCCCUAGCGCGCCGUAUCCAAACCUCCGCCAAAGACGCCGCUCGCACCUUCGUCCCCCAAGGCCCAUCCAGCAACGCCGCCCAAACCCUCUCCAACGCAACAAAUGCAAAAACCGGUCCAUCCUCAUCCCACGCAAGCGCAGGGUCCUCAGCGCAGGAAAUACUGGGAUCUACAAGUAGACCGGGGCCCAGCGAACGCGCUCGCGGCGAAGCAUUUCGCGCAAGCGGAGUCGGACCAGAUACAAAUACCAGCUUACGGGCACAGGGCGGCUUCGAGCUUCCCGCCCUAAGCGCAGAGGAGUUCGAACGCGGAGCUGGCUCUGAACACGAACACGAACACGGAUAUGGACACGGACAAGAGCCCGGGAUCGAGAACUCGUUCUCCUCAGCUGGACCCGGUUCUCGCGAUAGUCGCGAGGAUCUGCAGUCCUCGACGGGCAACUGGAAGGGCAAGCGGCGGGCUUGGGAUCCGGUGCAGGUGGAGUAUACGAGCGCGUGGGAGCGCGCUCAAGCGGAUACAAACGCACAUUCGACCACGCAUGCAAAUAUGAAUAUGAAUGCAGCGGACGGCGCAGCGGUGGUAUCGCUUCUAUCCGACACGUCCUUUGACGCGAACUUCGGGGGUGCAUAUGGAGACGAGGACGCGUAUGGCGCGGGUGUAGAUCUAGAUCCGCAUGCCGCGCCUCCGCCUCUAACGGCUGGUGAGAUCCAGAUGCUGGAAUCUUUUCGACGGGAGAUCGCGCGGGAAGAGGGGGGCGUCGAGGGUGUAGCGAAAUCGGCACAGCUUUCGUCUUUCAGUCUGGUGCCUGAUAUCGAUGCAUUUCUUCAGGAGAAUGAUCCGGCGGCGUAUGCACGGACAGCUGCUGUACCGAGCACCGAGCAUACAAGGUCGAAGGGAUACGCGUCGACGCCUUUGCGGGACGCUGUGCUCUCGAAGCUUCCGGGUGCGGAAGACUGGGUUGGUGUGCAUGAGCGGUAUCAUGAUGAGGUUUGGGGGUAUCUGAGGCCUGCGUUGGAGGCUGCUAAAGUGGAGAUUGAGGAGAAGGAGACGGCGGGGGAUAAUGGUGAUCGGGAUGGACCUGCUGUUCAGCGACUUAAGAUGAUUUUGAGGCAUAUGAAGGCUUGA